CGGGUUUACUAUUGAAGGGGGACAUUUCGCUAAGUCGCCAUUUCGAGAACAUCAUCCGACUUGAUUGGACUGCGCAAAGAAGAGUCUGUCCGCCGUUCGGAACUUUGUCCAGUUAUUGUCUUUUAUCAGUUUAAAGUGUCCGUGCCGCAUAAGAAAGAAUUCGCCGCGAGAUUAGUUGUGUGAAAGCCACAAAAUGAAGUUGCUUCUGGUGGCCUUCUGCGCCGUUCUCUUGGGGGUGGCGACAGGCCUGACGACUUUCGGCCGGAAUCCGCAGCUCCUGGGAGCCAAACAGUGCACCUGGGGGCCCACGUACUGGUGUUCCAAUAUCACAAAUGCCAAGGGAUGUCAUGCUGUUCGUCAUUGUAUUCAAACUGUUUGGGAAAAGCAGACUGUACCCGAAGAUAAUGACUCCGUUUGCCAAAUUUGUCUAGAUAUGGUGAAACAAGCUCGCGAUCAACUUGAAAGCAAUCAAACUCAAGAAGAUCUAAAAGCUGUUUUCGAAGGGUCUUGCAAACUGAUUCCACUCAAACCAGUUCAAAAGGAAUGCAUUAAACUGGCUGACGAUUUCGUUCCUGAACUUGUAGAAGCUUUAGCUUCUCAAAUGAAUCCUCAGGUUGUCUGCUCCGUUGCUGGUUUAUGUAAUAACGCUGCUAUUGAUCAAAUGCUAUUGGAAGCCGAAAAGCUGUCCUUGGCUGAACCCACUACGACAUCAAAACCGGAACCACUACCGCCUAAACCAGAAAUAAUUAUCGAUGAUGGAAAGUUUACAUGUGGAGGUUGUAAUAAAGUGGGCGGUAUUAUUGCAGAUAAAUUUCACAAAACAAAUCGCGAUGACCUCCUUAAGAAUAUGCUAGAACUUUGCGAUAAAGCCUCUUCUUAUUCCGAUGCAUGCUCGAAUAUUAUGCUUACCUACUUCAACGACAUAUACAGUGCACUUGAGAGAACAUUAACCGCAGACAGCAUUUGCCAUUUGUCCGGUGUAUGCUCGAUGAAAUUCCAUCAACAUGAAACUGAUCAAAUUGAAAUCCGCCCAUUGGGCAAUGUUGGAAUUGUCCAAGUAGAAGAUGAUGACCUUCCCUGUGAGCUUUGCGAGCAGUUGGUGAAACAUUUGAGAGAUCUGCUAGUUGCAAAUACAACUGAGAUUGAAUUUAAGCAAGUUCUCGAAGGAUUCUGCAAGCAAAGUGGCAAAUUCCAAAAUGAAUGUCUAAGCAUUGUUGAUCAAUACUAUGACGUUAUCUACAAAGACUUAGUAAACAAUUUAGAUGCCAAUGGAAUGUGUUUCAUGAUUGGAAUUUGCAAGAAAGGAGUCAAAUCUGAAUUCGAUUCUAUCUCACCGUUCUUACCACCGGAUCCAGUCCAAAUUCAAGUUUCACUCAAAGAGAAGAAAAGCGAAAGAAAACUAUUGGGUGCUCAUGAGCCCAAAUUCACCCAAGAAGAAAUCGAAAGCAUGCAAUUGCCAAUCGACGUACUUGUCGGCGCGCCUAAUGCAAACACCCUGGUUGAAAAUGGUGAACUCUGCACAUUGUGUGAAUAUUUCAUGCAUUUCGUACAGGAAGCCCUGGCCACGCCAAGCAAUGCUGAAAAAAUCAAGAAAGUCGUAAGUGAAACUUGUGAUCGUCUACCCAAAACUAUUGAAGGUGAAUGCCAUAACUUCGUCGAUAUGUAUGGUGAUGCUGUAAUUGCUCUAUUAAUCCAAGGAAUUGAUCCACGACAAAUCUGCCCAAUGUUGAAAAUGUGCCCAGCCAGCGUCAACGACAUGGAAGUAUUCUCAGCUAAACCAGUCGAAGUCCAAAUUGAAUCAGGCGAUAAACCGUCGUGCCCAUUGUGCUUAUUGGCUGUCAAACAACUUCAGGACGUGAUCAAGAACGAUAAGUCGAAGGAGAAUAUCAAACACGCCCUAGACAAUUUGUGUAGUCAUUUGCCGAAAAAGCUUGCUGGGGAAUGCACUGACUUUGUCGAUACAUACUCUUCCGAAUUAAUUGAGAUGUUGAUUACCGACUUUACUCCGCAACAGAUUUGUGCCUAUUUGAAAUUGUGCACCGCAAAACUUGAACCAUACGAAAUGCCCCCAAAGAGAAAUGACGACGCUAAGGAUAUUUUAACGAACGAAAUCCACGAUGAAACUGUAAAUGGACAACACUCUAGCACAGUCGAUCAAGAAUACUUGACUUCUCCUCAAUGUCUGCUAUGUCAGCGCGUUAUCAAAGAAGUUGAGAAGGAAGUAAUAAAUAAGAAGUCGAGGUUUUCACGGAUGAUAUCUAUGGAGGAAAUCAAACACGCUUUAGAACGCGUUUGCAAAAAGCUUGGAAAGAUAAAGCAUAAAUGUGAAAGUUUCGUCGAGAAACACGGCGAUCAGAUCACCGAUUUGUUGCUAAAGGAACUGGCACCUAAACAAAUUUGCCGCAUAAUGGGAUUGUGCUCAACACCUGAGGCUGCUGACGAUCUUGAUAUUGAUGAGGCAAUAAGUGUUUCCGUUAUAGCUGUACCAUCGGAGAAUGCUGAGUUCGGAUCCGAUCCAAUGAUCGCCAUGGAUGACAUUAUCGAUGUGACCACAGUAAGAGAUGCCCCCGUUUGUAUCGUUUGUGAGUUCGUAAUGGCAAAACUAGAGACUGAGUUGGCUGAUAAGAAGACACAGGAAGAAAUCAAACAUGCAGUUUUGAAUAUCUGUUCAAAAAUGCCCAAGACCGUUGCCCAUCAAUGCGACCAAUUCAUUGAGAAAUAUGCCGAUUUAGUUAUUGCCAUUAUUGGCACCGUUCCUCCGAAAGAAGUUUGCACCAAGAUUAAUUUGUGCCAGGAAAUGAACUACCAACUCACAGAUGAAGUAAUUGAGUGUGGCGUUUGCCAUGGAGCCGUAGUAGCGGUUAGCGGUAUUGUCAGUAAACCAGAUUUCAAUGAUGAUACUGAUAAGCUGUCAGAUGAAGGAUGCAAUUCUUUACCGGGACAAUACUACAGCAAGUGCUCUGAGAUGUUGAAGUACUACGGUCCAAGCAUUGUUAACUUGCUCCGUGACAACACUGAAAUAUCCGCGAUCUGUCCAAAGAUCGGAAUGUGCUUCAAGAAAGAGCCAUCCGGUUUGGAAUUUGUGAAGAUAAAAUCAAAAACAAGUAAACGCAUUGCGAAGAGAGACUUGGGAGGCAGCAAAUGCACCUAUGGCCCAUCUUAUUGGUGCAGUUCCAAUGAGAGCGCACGUGACUGUAAUGCAACUUCAUUUUGUCAAAAAAAAGUCUGGAUGAAAGAUCAAAUCUAAAAUAAAGUAAAAUUGUUCUAGAAACUUCAGAAAAUAUUAUAUCUUGAAAUAGCUUUCUUUAUCUUCUUCAUUCAUUUUUUAAUCAAUUAAUAUAAGGAAGACGUUCGCUUAGAGAAGAUAUUAAUAUGAUUCUGUCACGUUGUGUCUUAUUACUUUGUAUUUAGUUUAUAUGUUUUUGGAAUGGAAAACGGAAAACGGUAGUCCCUACCAUUUUUAUUUGAAAAUGUUGAAACAAUUGAUAAGUGAUAUACAUAUAUACUUUCAGCGGCUGUUGCAUUGCUUUGUUUUCUUAAGAAUGAUGACAUAUGUAUAUGUAUAGGUUUUAUAGACAUUAAUAAAAAUAAUUUAAUAAUC